AUGCCCCACAAACUUGGGGCUCAGCUUCCGUCAGGGCAGGCGGAGCGGGAGGUACCUGGUGGAGAGCCAGACAUGAUCACCAGGAUGGAAUACGGGUGCCUCACUGCAGUGGUGGUCCACCUGCUCCUUCUGACGUUGGAGCCUCACGUGGGCAGCUUUCCAAACCUCCUCUACUCGCCAGAACCACUCGUCCACCGCAGGGCCUUCAGUCUGGCUCGGGGUCCACAGGGCCAGGGCCGGCAACGGCGAGGGGGAGUGGGAAAUAAAGAAUGGCUCUGCCUGAACUGCCAGACCCAGAGAGCUUUGUCUGGGGCCCUGGGAGAUGCUCCACUUCCUGUUCCUCAGCCAAUGGGAUCCCCACGGCACUCAGCUCCAGCCAAUCAACAACAGCCUCAGCAGAGAGGGCCCAAUCAGCAGGCAGGGUUACGGCCCACUGAUCCUCAUCAGCAACAAAAACCACUGGGUGCCCAAGUAAGUGGCCCUCCUUUCUCCCCUGCCAAACAGAGCAAGGGGCCUGCCCAACCCUCCCCUGCCAAGGUACAACCCUCCCCAGGUAAGAGUGCACACUCUCCUGCUAAAACAGCCCAGCCCUCCCCUGCCAAGGGUGCACCCUGCCCCACUAAAACAGCAUCCACCCCUGCUAAGGGCACACCCUUCCCUGCCAAACAGAUAGGACCCACUGCCCAGAGCAAGGGUCCUGCCCAGCCCUCCCCAGCCAAGGGUGCACUGUCCUCUGCUAAAACAGCAUACACCCCUAACAAGUGCACACCCUCCCCUGCCAAACAGACAGGACUCACUGCCCAGAGCAAGGGUUCUGCCCAGCCCUCCCCUGUUAAAGUUGCAUCCACCCCUACCAAGGGUGCACCCUCUCCUGCUAAGAGUGCACCAACUCAACCUAAACCCAACAAGCAGGCCGGUAAACAGCAGCAGGGCCUGGAUAAAACUAAAGUCGUCCCCAAAACUCAUAAGGAAAAUGAAGCCAAAGCCUCGCCCAGGAAGGGAGCACCUGAAGCCAUCACCACAUCAAAAGAUGAAAAGAAGAAACCCGUUGAAGAUUCACAGAAGUCAAAACACCAUGACGAUUCCAACAAGUCCAGCACACAGAGCCUCAGUGACACGGGAUACUCCUCAGAUGGGAUCUCCGGCUCCGUGGGUGAGAUCACAGGCCAUAUCCGUGAGGAACCGGGGUUAAAGCUGAGUGAACGUAGCCUCUCCAGCCCCUCUGAGAUCACUAAGCUAGAGAGCUCCAUGCGGCCACUGCUAGAGUCCAAGUCCAAGACCGCUACAGACCAGGGCGGGGAGAACAACUCUGACGGGGAGGUGUCGGACGAUCUCAGCUCCAAGCUGCGCCACGACUAUGUGGAGGACAGCAGCGAGAGUGGUCUGUCCCCCUUACCGCCCAGGCAGAAGAAGUCCCAUAAAGAAAUGACAGAUGAGGAAUUCAUGAGGAGGCAGAUCAUGGAAAUGAGCGCUGACGAGGACGAGAUGGAGGAGGAGGAGGAGGAGGAAGGGUACGGCUACCAGAAAACGAAAAACAAAAAGGAUUUGGGGAAGGAGAAACGACGGAGCCUCACCCACCAUUCCAGUAGUUUUGAGGAGGACACCAAGGGGGUAGAUGGCGAAGACAAUGAAGGUAUGAUGGCUUCCCAAGGAGGCCUGCGGCGGUUUAAGACCAUUGAGCUGAACAACUCAGAGCAUGACCUCAGAGAGCCAGAGCUGGAGAUGGAGAGUCUGACUGGAUCACCAGAGGAGCGGUCGAGGGGGGAGUAUUCAUCUACCCUCCCUGCCACAACUCCCAGUUACACAUCUGGCACGUCCCCUACCUCCGUGUCCUCCAUGGAGGAUGACAGUGACAGCAGCCCCAGCCGCAGGCAGAGACUGGAGGAAGCCAAGCAGCAGAGGAAGGCUCGCCACCGCUCCCACGGCCCACUCCUGCCCACCAUCGAGGACUCAUCCGAGGAAGACGAGCUGAGAGAGGAAGAGGAGCUUCUGAGAGAGCAGGAGAAGAUGAGAGAUCUGGACCUGCAGAGGAUCCGCAGUACAGCCAGGAAAACCAAGAGGGACAAAGAGGAGCUAAGGGCCCAGAGACGUAGAGAGAGAUCCAAGACUCCCCCCAGCAACCUCUCGCCCAUCGAGGAUGCAUCCCCGACAGAGGAGUUGAGACAGGCAGCAGAGAUGGAGGAGCUCCACAGAUCCUCCUGCUCCGAGUAUUCCCCUUCCAUGGACUCAGAGGCAGAGGGCUUUGAAAUGAUGGGCUCCAAGCUCUACAAGUCAGGAAGCCACCACAACCUACCCACCUUCAUGUCUCUCUACUCCCCCACUGAAAAAUAUACUGCCACUUCACCGUUGGACAAGACACUGAAAAGUGCAGAGGAGGUGUAUGAAGAAAUGAUGAGGAAAGCAGAGAUGCUGCAGCAGCAGCAGAGACAGCCAGGAAGGCCAGGCCAACAACAAGGAAGUCCGCAAAGGCAACCGGCUGGGGCACCUCAGCCUAGCAGCAAACAACAUCUAGGCACUGGAGCACCUCUAACCCCUGGCUCCAGCCCCACACAAAUCUCUGCACCUGUUUCCUUCUCCUCAAACGAUCCACGUGGGGCUGGAAAAGGGGCCCCACCAGGAAUCAGUGUGACACAGCAUCUAUCGAAAGAAACCCAAGACCGGAUGAGGACGCAGACUGCCAAAAUAGGGGGUGUAAUCCCUCCAGUGGCUGGAAGACCAGGUCCUCAGGGACCAGCACAUGGGGCGCCUCCUCCUGACUCUGGAGCGCCCUCCAUCGCAUCCUCCCUCUUCUCCUAUUUCAAAGGCCCCAGUCCUCCUGUUUCCCCUUCCCCCUCUCCCUCACAGAGUCCAACUCAUUCCCUGUCCCUACGACCUACAGGGCCUGGGGUGUCCCCACAACAUUCUCAGCCUGGCGCUGGUGGCGCAACCUCCCCAGUACCACCGCAACAACAUGAUGCCCAGAUGUCUCGAAGAACAGCAUCGCCACGCCUUGCAAGACAACAGUCCUCCUCCGACUCACCAGUAAUGGGGAUAACGCUGGGCUCUAAGACCACCACCAGUCCUGCCAGGCCUCUGACUGUAAACUCCUCCACUUCUCCCCUGUCCUCGCCAACACAGGCUAUCCGUCAACCCAUGUAUCAGCAAUAUAUUCCUUCAACAAGCUCUCCAACGUCCCCACAAAUGCAUCUAUCGCAACAAUCCCCUCAACAUGGUUUACAGAGGCCCCAAAAUGCAGAGAAGGUUAAUAUUGGUAUAAGCAGGACAAUGACAACCACAGCUACCACAUACAGUCGUGGGUCAAUAUCAAUGGAAAAUAUCUCCCUAUGUAGGAUCUCCAAUGUCCCAGGUACCUCUAGGGUCGUAGAGCAGGGCCAAAUGCAAAUGCGUCCGACUGGACCUGCAUCUGUAGUGGACCUGAGAGCACCAAUGAAGGCCUCCCCAAUCAUCAUGACAGACCAGGGCAUGGAUCUAACAUCUCUGGCAACUGAUACAAGAAGAUAUUCCCUUGAUGCUGAACAACCCCCCAACCAUCACAAAUCGGUGCAGCCACUGAAUGCUGCCAUGAACCUGAAUGCACAAGAGCAGCCGCAUGUUUCGGCGUCCACUCCAACAACAGUCAGCAUCACUGUGGCAGCCUCCAUGUUUAUAUCACAGCCGAAGGGGCAUCCAGUGAUUUACGGAGAUCCCGUGCAGAACCGUAUGGAUCUGGGGCAAGGCGUUGGGUCAGCAAUGUGUCUAACACAAACUAAGCCACCCAUUACUGACCCGUCCAUUCCUAAGAUUGAUGCGUGUCUGGAGGAUCUGGGCAUCCAGCAGCAGCAGCUCCAGAUGCAGCAGCAGAAGCUCCUACAGCAACAACAGCUCCUCGAGCAGCAGCUUCAGCAGCACCAGCAGUCUUCCUUUGCUCGCUAUAACCUAGCGAACCAGGUCCAGCCGCUGUUGCUGAAGAAAGACCUGGUGGUUAGCCAGACGAGCAGUGGCAGUGCCCAGCCUGUGGUCAGUGUGAUUCCUAGAGUAUCUCCCAUGCCGCCCCAGCCAGCGUCUAUAGUUCUACCUCCCUCUAACAAUCAUCAUGACUAUGGUCAGAGUGGGCUUGCCUUGGAGUUGAAGAACAAGCCCACAGUUAUGAACCUGUCCACGGGAAAGCCCCAUGUCAUGAUGGUCCAACUGGAAGAUAGCAAUGCCUCUCAGAUGGCCACUGUGACUCAGCUGGUCAAAGAGCCUCCUCCUCCUUCCCAGGUCCUGGAUCUCACUGGUGGACAGAUACAGAAACCAGAGAACCAGGUGGCUUGUUGUGACGUUGUUUACAAGCUACCCUUUGCUGGUAGCUGUGCAGGUAACUUAACUCAGAAAAAUUCUACCACUGAAUCUUCCCAAAUCACUCUUCCACCCCCUGCCCCACACUACAGUGUAGGCCAGCAGCAGCAGAAACAACAACAACAGCCACAACAACAGCAACAACAACCACCACCUGGUAAUAAUGGCUACCAGGCAGCAAGCAUGCAAGGAGCACCAGAGGAGCCUAAACCGAUGCAGGGAGUCCCUCUAUACCCUAUACCCCCUGGAGGCAGGCUUCAACCUUCCAUGUCUGACACCAACAUGUCUAAUACAGGUCUUCAGUACUAUCAGAGGACUAACCCUGGGGACCUGGCAGUGGAUCUGAGCACCAUGAAUCAGGCCUACGAAGGAGGAUAUCUUGGCAUGGGUGCGCAAUACGGAUCCUACACAGACUUACGUCAUCAAGGAGAUGUUGCAGGGCCUCCCUUGCCCCUGCGAAGGUACGGCUCCAUGUCCAACAUCAACCAAGACUACGGCUAUAGUCAGGCAGGUUUACCGGACGCAAACCUGGCACAGUAUAGUGCCACUACGGCCAGGGAGAUCAGCCGAAUGUGUGCAGCUCUGAACUCUAUGGACCAGUUCGGUCAACGGUACAGCAACCCUGAGAUGAUGCAGUAUGUUUCUGGAAGUGGAGCAGGGCCUGCAGCCAGGCUCAACCUACAGCAAAGCUUAGCAUCAAUCCGAGCCAACCUACUCUAUGGCCCUGAUGGGAGGCCCACUGCACACGGCCAAGCCCUAACCAAUCUGAUCAAUGCUAGACAAGCAAGCAUACGGGCCUUAUAUCCAUCUGCAAUGAGAGGAGCUGACGGUAUGACAUAUUCCACCAUCAACACCCCAAUAGCCUCUACCUUGCCAAUAACCACCCAGCCCUCCUCUGUUCUGCAACCCAUGCCACAAGGAAUAUACCAACCUUACCCUGCAGGCGUGACCGCUGUACCACUGGCGAGCCUCACCAGGUUGCCUCAUAUGACCCCAAAGAUGCCUCUGUCCACACAGGGACAUUACGGUUACCCUCCUCCCAACCAGUUCCCUACAACGGCUGGUGUUCCUGGCAGUGUACCUGCCACGAGCACCUCCACCAAGGAAGCUCCUGUCUACCUUGGGAAGCCUUCUGCAGCCGUCUCUGUGCACACGGCUGCAACCUUACCACUGGCCCAGCCAAUUUCUCAUAUGAGUGGACAAACUACUGCAAUGCCAAUUCAGUCUGCAGUAGUCCCUGCAAACCAACAGACUCCCCAAACUCAAAUCCAAGCGCAAAAUGUUACGAUGCACCCCCAUACUCAAACUCAUAUGCAAGUCCAAAUGCAGCAACAAAUACAGUCCCAAAUACAGCAACAAAUACAGUCCCAAAUACAGCAACAAAUGCAAACUCAAAUGCAACAACAAAUAGCAACUCAAACUCAAGCUUCAUUUCUGACUCAAACCCAGUCCCAGCCUAUAACUCAGCCUGAUCCACAGGCUCUAGUGCAGGCCCAUCUGCAGACCACUCGCCAGAUUGCUUCUACUGCAGCAGCCAGCACCACCAUCGCCACUUCGGUCGACCCAGAGCUGGAAAAGGUAGAGGAGCGUUUGAGACAGCAACAGGAGCAGAUGCUGCAGAUGGAGCGAGAGCGUGUGGAGCUGGAGAAACUUCGGCAGAUGCGCCUGCACGAGGAACUGGAGCGAGACCGCAUGGAGCUCCAGAGGCACAGGGAGAAAGAACAAAUGCUGGUGCAGCGUGAGAUUCAGGAGCUGCAGACCAUCAAACAGCAUGUCCUGCAUCAGCAACAAUCAGAGAGGGAGACACAGCUGGUCAUGCAGAGGGAACAGCUAGCCCAGCAGAGGAUGCAACUGGACCAGAUCCAGUCGCUGCAGCAGCAGCUCCAGCAGCAGUUGGAGGAGCAGAAGAGGCAGAAGACAGCAGUAGUGGAGGCAUCGGCUGCAGCUGAGGCAGCCGCUGCAUCCGCAGCAGUAUCUGCUCUAGCCACUUCCACUCAAGGUGCCAUACAAGGGGUAGUAGUCGGAGGAAUAUCCCCUCAAGGUGCCAUACAAGGGGUAGUAGUUGGAGGAGGAACCCCUCAAGGUGCCAUACAAGGGGUAGUAGUCGGAGGAGGAGGAACUCCUCAAGGUUUCAUCAUCUGUGACCAGAGUGGUAGGGUGAUUCAACAGGACGGCCAAAGUGUACAGUUCUGGCAACCCCACAUGGAAGGGCAGGUGGUCCAAGCAGUGAUGACCCCAAGGCCCAUACCAAGCUCUGCCUCUGAGAUGUCCUUGAGAAACAGUGAGAAUCAGUUGGGGUCCAGGAUCAUGAAGAAGCAAAACUCUAUGCCUCGUCUUAGGGAUGGAUCGGAGGAGGAGCUGGUGAGGAGGAUUGCGGAUAGCUGCGUGCAGACGGACGAUGAAGAGGGUGAGGACAGGUACAUGAACCGCAGGGGCAGGAGAACCAGGCGGAUCGCCGACUGCAGCGUACAGACAGACGACGAGGAUCAGGCAGCUUGGGAGCAACCGGUUAGGCGCAGGAGAUCGCGCUUAUCCAAACAUUCAGACUCUAGCGGCGAGGUCAAAUCCGAUGGAACCGCCAAAGUGUCCUCCUCCAGCAUAGCCAUUCAGACCACCAACGACUCCUCAUGCCAGACUGAGGCCGACCAGUUGAGCAGGAUCUCACCUGCAAUCCACAUCACUGCGGCUGAGACAAAUAAGGUGGAGCUGCUUCACUACAUCUCUGCCCCAGAGAGGACCCAUAAGGGUGAGAGCUUGGCCUGUCAGACAGAACCGGAGGCCCAGUCUCAGGGGGUGGUGGCCCCUCAGCUCAGCGUCCUCACCACCAUCAGCCCAUAUUCCACCUCUAUGCAGAUGGUGGGCUCCACCCCAUCUCCUCCCCAAGGGGUGGCUAAGUUCGAAAGGCGGAAACCCGACCCUCUGGAAAUCAACUACCAAAGCCAGCAGCAGAACGAGUCCCCGUCUCGCCAGCCUCCCAAGUCUCCCCAGGUGCUGUACUCCCCUGUGUCCCCGCUGUCACCCCAUCGGAUGCUGGAAACCACCUUCGCCUCCCAGGAGAAGCUCAACAAGGCGCACGUCACGCCCCAGCAGAAAGCCUUCACUGCAGAGUCUCCUCAGCGUCACCAGAGCCUCCCCAGACCUAUCAAGAGUGUGCAGCGCUCCAUGUCGGACCCCAAACCCCUCAGCCCCACCUCAGAAGACCCUGCCAAGAACAGGUUCUCCCCUUACCAUCAGCAGGCCCUCUCCAACAGUCAGAUGGCCACCCUGCAGCAGCAGCAGCAGAACUCUCUGAUGAGAAAGGUGAAGAGGACCCUACCCAGCCCGCCUCCAGAGGAGAGCCCUCUCCCCAUCGUCACCCCAGCCAUGUCCCACAUGUACAGCAGCUCUCUGGGGAUGCAACCCCAGCGGGUGCUGCCCAGGCCCGCCCAGGGUGUCACCAAGGCCGGCCUGCUGAGCGAGCUGAAGGCCGUGGAGCAAGAGUCCACCAAGCUCCGCAAGCAGCAGCAGGAGCUAGAGGAGGAGGAGAAGGAGAUUGACGCCAAGCUGCGGUACCUGGAACUGGGCAUCCAUCAGCGCAAGGAGACCCUGGUGAAGGAGAGGGAGAGGAGGGAGCUGGCCUACAUGCGCUGCAUGGGCGACGCCCGCGACUACAUGUCAGACACCGAGCUCAAUAACCUGAGGAUGGUGGCGGCCACGGGAACGUUUGACGGUAAUGGUCUGCUGACGAGGCCCAGCACGGCGCCGCUGAGCCAGUUCCCCAACGACCUCGGCCCAGCCUCMCAGUACCCGCCCACCUCCUCCUACAUGGCCUAUCAGUACCCACAGAGCCAGCCCACGCCCACACAGCAGCCAACCGCUGCUUACCAACAGAUCGGUUUCCAGCCCCCUCAAUACCCUACAGCCUCACAGCCCCAGCCAGGCACCUUCCAGCCCCACCCACCCCAAAGCUCAGGCUACCAGACCCAGCCAAUCUACCCAGCCCACGGGGGCUACGGCCAGCCUUCCUACCCGACAGACCUGGGCAUGCAGCAGCAUGGCCACCAGGGUUUCCAGCCUCCCAACCCCUCUAUCCUGGGCCAGAACCUCCCCUACUCAGGCCAGAGCCCAUAUUCUGGCCAGGGCAUGUCCUUCCAGCCGCAGGCUGAGAUCCUCACGGUCCACCAGAGGCCUCAUCAGACCUCCCUGGCCGACUUGGAACAGAAGUUGCCCACCAACUACGAGGUGAUCAGUAACCCUGCCGUGUCGGUGGCCACAUCAGCUCCAGACACCGGCUUUGGCUCAGUCUAUGCCUCCAACACCAUGCCCAAUGCCUAUGGGCAGUACCGCCCCCCGGAGUCAGUCCUGACCCACGGUGUGGACAGCCCCACGCCGGCCUACGCUGCAGAUGGCCUCUACACCGCAAACCUGGAGCAGAACAUCCCCAGGAACUACGUCAUGAUCGACGACAUCAGCGAGCUGACCAAAGAGAACACAGGCUCGUCUGUUGACGUUCUGGGACAUCCUGUUGCAGGACGCUAUGGUGAGAAUGGCCCUGCGCGCCAAACUGGCUAUGGCAAUGAGCCUGUGGACCCGUACAUGUCUGCAGGCACCACAGGCUACCACCAGAAGGGCUCUGUGGAUCCCCGGACCAGCACCACUGUAGGCAGUGGGGGAUCUUCUUAUUACUAUGACGACUAUAAUAAACACCUCAGCACACCACGCCCAGGGGGCCCGGGGACCCAGAAACACCCAUUCAAGAACCUGGCUCCCGCCGUUGUCUCCUCCGGUAAGCGCAGCAAGCACAGAAAGCAGGGCAUGGAGCAGAAAAUCUCCAAGUUCUCCCCCAUUGAGGAGGCACGGGACGUGGAGUCCGACCUGGCCUCUUACACCAUGACCACCUCCACCGGCGGCAGCUGUACUGUGGUGUCUCGGUCUGGGGUGAAGAAGAGCGGCAACGACCAGCGGAAGUACUUUGGUGGCCACCCGGGAAGCCGGGAAGCCCUGGAAGAGGAGGACCGGAUGUACGGCUCGGGGAGGUCCCGGUCUACUGGCUACGGCAUAGACAAGAUCUCCUCCAGGGACUCCUCCAGGAGCAAGUCUUACGAGAGGGAAGCCAUGGAGCGGUCUCAGAGAGGCGGUGGCGGACGGCCCGGACUGCGCACCCAUAACUCAGAGGAGGAGAGCCCCCUCAGCCCCGUGGGGAAGUCUGUGGGGGUCGGACGAGGUGGCACAGGGGUACCAGUGGACCCCCAUGACGUGAGGAACCAGUACGGCUCCAGCCACUCCCUGCCGGAUGUCCAGGACCACCACAUGAAGGACCUGCCCAGGAGCCACGUGUACAAGCCAGAUGACCCGUAUCUCGUAGACGAUCAGCACGCUGCUGUGUCGGACAGUGAAGCCUAUCAUCUGGGUCAGGAGGAGACGGACUGGUUUGAGAAGCCAAGGGAGGCUCGCUCCAACCGCUCCAGACACCAUGGGAGCGCAGGGCACAUCUCCACUGGUAGACAACAGACCGGCGCCAACGUGAAGCACACCUACCAUGACUAUGAUGAGCCUCCCGAAGAGCAGGACCUGUGGCCUCAGGACGAGUACAACAACCAACCUCGCCACCCCUCGUCUACCUCAUCAUCCCGCGACCACCGUGGUCACCAUGCCAGCAGCUGCGGUAGCUCGGGGAGGCACUCCUCUUCCCGCCACUCCGGUGAAGAGCCUCGGACGUCCAGCCGCUCCUCCAGAACACACCCCAAAGACCAAUCCGCCCGCUCUGAGGGCCGUGGAUCCUCCUCCACCCAGAAGAGGGGAGGCUCGGAACCCCGCUCCUCCCGGGAUGGCUACCGGGACCGGGACUCUGGAGACUACUCCUCUCGUGACCCGGCCUCUGGCCACCACCGUGAGGGCACCAGUGGCAGGGGUCAGAAGCCGCCAGGCUCUUCCUCCAGGAGACAGGAAGGGGUUCCUUCUGCAGGGGCCAAGCAGGGUCUGGGGCAACAGCCCCAGGGGGGUCCAGGCGGGCAGCAGCAACAGCCCCAGGGGGGUCCAGGCGGGCAGCAGCAACAGCCCCAGGGGGGUCCAGGCGGGCCGGCACCAGAAAAGAUCUCGACUGCCCCUCCCGCCCCCCAGGAUAUUGGUGAGAACGUUGACGCCUCCGCUGUGGGCUGGCCUGCCGCUGCACUGCCGAUCCCACCAGGCCUGCUACCUAUCCUCCCAGGGGGGUUGCUUUAG